CACGCUCGCUCCGCAACGCGAAGAGCACGACAGCCUGUCAUGUCCGCCUCUCUCCUCCAUCACAGCCAGGAUGUCGAGCUGCCCCUCAUGGACGCGCGUCGCGCCUCCACGGACGCUCCGCCAGACAGCGGGGAUGCCGACCGAACUUCAGCUGCAGUCACCAACACAACACGCUACCGCUUGUAUCUUUCCCACCUGCUGUCAACAUGGAACAUGCGCGUGUUCGAGUUUGGCGCAGUUCUCUACCUGGCCAAGGCAUUCCCGGGUACGCUACUCACCAUGUCGAUUUAUGCGUUUGUGCGCGGUCUGUCGGCCAUCGUUUCGGCCUCGGCGAUCGGGACAUACAUUGACCGCAACGAUCGAUUGCACGUAGUUCGGACAGCCAUAGUCGGUCAGCGAGUAUCUGUCGCGGUCUCCUGCGUGGCCUUCUACAUCCUCAUCCACGGGGAUAUGAAGGAGAGCAAGCUUCUUUCGGUCGUGCUUCUCGUCCUCGUCGGAGCCCUGGCAUGCGUUGAGAAGGUGUGCGCCAUUAUAAAUACCGUCGCUGUGGAGAAGGAUUGGGUUGUUGUCGUUGGCCAAUCGGACCCGGAGGGACUCAAGGCCAUCAACUCUCAGAUGCGUCGGAUAGACCUGCUGUGCAAGCUGAUCGGACCCAUGGUGAUUGCCAUCCUCGACGGCGUCUCAACUGAGCUUGCCAUUCUGGUCAACUUGACCAUGAACCUUCUGUCGGUCGCACUCGAGUACUUUGCGAUUGCUCGAGUCUACCAUGAAGAUCCGCGCCUCCAGCAGCCGAAGAACGUGUCAACAGCGCGUUCAACCACAUCUACGCCAACGCCGCAAGGCCUGUUGGGCCACGUCCACGACGCCGUCGCUGCCUUCGCGUCCGACGCCCGGCUGUACUGCACUCACCAGGCGUUUUUGCCCUCCUUCGCAUGCGCUCUGCUCUACCUCAACGUCCUUACCUUUGGCGGACAGAUGGUCACGUACCUUCUGGCCAACUCUUACACAUCCACAAAUGUCGGCAUCGCACGCACUGUCAGCGUGGUUCUCGAGGUGGCCUCAACAUGGGUUGCCCCUCGGCUUAUGACGGCCAUCGGAGUUACGCGAGCAGGCAUCUGGUCCAGCUGGUGGCAGCUAUCCAUGCUGACCACCGGCGUGGCAGUGUUUACCGCCUUCGCCGACAGACCUCUUGUGUCCGCGAGCGCACUGGUUUGCGGAACAAUUCUCAGCCGCAUGGGCCUGUGGUCGUUGGAUCUCUGCAUUCAAGUCAUUGUGCAGGACGAUGUCGAAGCUGAGUCCCGCGGCGUAUUCUCGUCCAUGGAGUCGGCGUUUCAAAACGCAUUCGAGCUCCUGUCCUACGCGUCCACCAUUGUCUUCUUCCGGCCCGAGCAAUUCAAAUACCCGACUAUGAUCUCGCUCAUGAUGGUAUUCGGGUCCAACUUCUGCUACAGCAUUUAUGUCCGCAGGCGUCGCGGCCACCUGUUCCAUCCCGAGAAGCUCUGUGGCUGCGUGAAAAGGGAUGAAUUUCACCCGUACGUCGCUCUGCCUGAUGGUCGCAGCAACUCUACCAGUGACAAUAAUGUUUAGUAUGCAGUUUUUGUCUCCGUUUCUUCGAUAUGUCAUAUAAUGCAGUCCUACAACUUGCCG